UCUUUCUUUUCUAAAAGUAGAUCUAACUUUUGCUUGUUGCUGGCCACCUCCAGUGAAGGCUACAAAAUGUCAAAAAAUUCGCGACAAAAUAUUUCGAUGGUGUUGUUGCAUAAAUGGUAUGCUAAUGUCGAUAUCGUUAAUGUAUACAUUAGGUCUCGAACGUAAUAAUAUGUUUCUUCUUAUGAAAGUGGGUUGCGAGUUGAGUGCCUUCCUACAAGUUCCGAUACAGAUCACUUUAUUUACGCUUCAGAGUGAUCGUUUACAAGUUGUGAUAUAUGAAAUGGAAAAUUAUAUUCAACAAGCAAAACCAGAAGAGAAGGAUAUAUUUCAAAAAUAUGUUGAUAAAUGCAAAUUAUUUUAUGGAUUAACAUUAUGCUGGAUAACUAUAACUGCUGUCGCUAUUAUUUUUGGGCCACUAUUGCUACCUCAACCCUUUCCAAUCGAAGUACAAUACCCAUUUUAUGUGGGCCAACAACCGCUAAAAACUAUUAUUUAUCUGCAUCAUACGAUGGCCGUAUAUCAAAGUUAUGUACAAGUAUGCAGCAAUGUCUUCGUGGCUGUUCUACUUUGGUUUGUAGCGGCAAGAUUUGAAAUUUUGUCUCACAAGUUUCGGAAAAUUAGAAAUUUCUCAGAAUUUAAAAACUGCAUACAACUGCAUCAACGACUUUUACGAUAUGCAAACGAUGUUGUUAUGACGAUCCGAUAUAUAGCAUUGUCAUCAAUAGGAUUUAGUACUGUAGCAGUAAUAUUCAGCGGUCUUACCUUUUUGAGUCGACAACCAUUGACUAUAAAAGCCCAAUUUUUGACUGUUGCCGCUUCUUCACUUAUAGAAGUUUUUGUUUGCGCGUGGCCAGCUGAUUAUGUUUUAAGUACGAGUAAUAACGUUGGCCAUGCUGUAUACGAAUCGUUAUGGUAUAAGAAAGAAGUGUCUUUACAGAAAAACUUAUUGUACAUUACAUUACGAUGCCAGCAACCAGUAUCUGUAACUGUACCAUGCAUGCUACCGACUCUUUCACUUAAUUACUAUGCUUCUUAUUUAUCAACUACAUUUUCCUAUUUGACAACUUUUCGAGUAAUCUUUGCUGUAGAAGAUGGACUAGAAAUAUGA